AGAAGAAGCCAGCAAGGAACGAUGGUGAUUAUUACGGCAUCAUCAUCAUCAUUGUAAUCUUCUUCUCUUAGAAUUUCUUCACGGAUAAGAAAAAAGGAUAUCGACAAUUUCGCUUUUGCUUUCAAAAAUCUCUCUUCCAAUUCCAUUUUCACUUUGUUCCCUUUUUUAACAAUCGCGAAAAACCUCUAAAUCGCUUCCCUUCAAUUUCUGGGUUUUCAAUUUUCACUUGGAGAUUUUGGGGGAAUUCUUUUCUUGGGUUUGUGUUGUUUGCAAGAAAAUGGACAAGUACGAGCUUGUAAAAGACAUCGGUGCUGGGAAUUUUGGAGUGGCUAGGCUCAUGAGAGUCAAAAACUCCAAAGAACUUGUUGCUAUGAAGUACAUCGAGCGUGGCCCUAAGAUUGAUGAGAACGUGGCAAGAGAGAUUAUUAAUCAUAGAUCACUUCGUCAUCCCAAUAUAAUCCGGUUUAAGGAGGUGGUUUUGACACCAACACACAUCGCCAUUGCUAUGGAAUUUGCUGCUGGCGGUGAGUUAUUUGAGCGUAUAUGUAGUGCUGGAAGAUUCAGUGAGGAUGAGGCAAGGUACUUUUUCCAGCAGCUUAUAUCUGGAGUCAGCUAUUGCCAUGCUAUGCAAAUAUGCCAUAGAGAUCUGAAGCUCGAAAAUACCCUCUUGGAUGGAAGUCCUGCUCCACUCCUGAAAAUCUGUGAUUUUGGUUAUUCCAAGUCCUCACUGUUGCACUCUAUGCCCAAAUCAACUGUUGGAACUCCAGCAUAUAUUGCACCUGAGGUUCUUUCUCGCGGAGAGUAUGAUGGCAAGAUGGCUGAUGUAUGGUCUUGUGGUGUGACUCUUUAUGUUAUGCUGGUUGGAGCAUACCCAUUUGAAGACCAAGAGGAUCCUAAAAACUUCAAAAAAACAAUACAAAGAAUAAUGGCUGUCAAGUACAAGAUCCCGGACUAUGUCCAUAUCUCACAAGAUUGCAAACAUCUCCUCUCCCGUAUAUUUGUCGCCAACUCGAAUAAGAGGAUUAAGAUAGCUGAGAUCAAGAAACAUCCAUGGUUCCUAAAGAACCUGCCAAGGGAACUUACAGAAACAGCUCAAGCUGCAUACUUCAGUAAAGAGAACCCGACAUUCUCGCUCCAAAGUGUCGAAGAGAUCAUGAAGAUUGUGGAAGAGGCAAAAACUCCAGCUCCUGUUUCUCGAUCGAUUGGAGCAUUUGGGUGGGGAGGAGAAGAAGAUGCCGAGGGCAAGGAGGAAGAGGUUAAGGAAGUAGAAGAAGAUGAGUAUGAUAAGACAGUGAAGCAAGUGCAUGCUAGCAUGGGAGAAGUCCGAGUCAGUUAAAACACAAUAAAAGAUUGGUUUUGUUUUCAAGAAAGUUUUCUAAAACCAAAAAAAAAGAAAGAAAAGGUUUUCGUUGGUCUGUCGAAUUUGUCUCUUGCUCUCUGUUGAGUUUUUUUUUAUCCUUUUCAUUAAAUCUUAAGGUUCGUCUCAUAAAUGCUUUGGGAUUUUGCUUUUGAAAAUCUUGUAAAAUUUGUAGUAGAAGAAAGAACAGACUGGUUGAUGAUAAGGUCGUUUUGGGCAUCGCGACCUUAAAUAAAAUAUUUUGUAUAUUUUAUGGUC